UAAGGCUUGUUACGCAUCUCUGCCAGGGGGGAGAUAUCAACAAAUACAUGAUUAAAAUCUAGUUAUUAAUCCAUGUGAAGAGAGCCGUCGUUAAAACUGGGUGAGGCCCGUCAGCUGCUGCGGGGAGGACCCGGUGAUGUCAAAGCUGAUGUAAAAAUGAAACGGGGAAGCCUGCAGAUCUCUGCCGCCUUGUGGAGCGGUAAAUCAGGGAGGGGGAACAACAAACCCGUCCGCUUCUAAUUAGAGUAGCAGGCGGUGCGUUUAGGGCCAGUUUGUCCACUGGAAACGCUCCGUCGCUGCUGCAGCAGCUCCUGGUCCGCGGAUCUUGCAGCCUGUGCAUCACAGAUCUCUCUGUCACACCGAGGUUUCCCCCCUCUGCUGCAUGCGUAACAUCUCUCCGGGUCCAGCCGUGGAGCGCACCGACACCUGGCCGCUCGGAUCGCAUCAGAACCCGCUCGGAUUUUCCUCCUUCAGAUCAGAAGCGAGGCUGGGAUUUCCUCCUAUCGUUUCAUUUUUUUUUUUAUUAUUCCUACACAUCCUCCUCCUCCUCCUCCUUUUCUUCUUCUUCUUCUUCUUCUCCUCCUUCUUCUGUGUGUGUGUGUUGGGUGGAGUCAACCCGGAAUUCUCCAAAUUGGAAAAGCAUUGGCACGUCUCAGGCACACCAUGAAGGACAGCAUCGCCAACAACAGCACAGCCAGCAUCUCCCAGGCCAGGAAAGCAGUGGAGCAGCUGAAGAUGGAGGCCUGCAUGGACAGGAUAAAGGUCUCCAAAGCAGCUGCAGACCUGAUGGCGUACUGCGACGCCCACACACGCGAGGACCCCCUCAUCGUUCCCGUCCCCGCCUCCGAGAACCCGUUCCGGGAGAAGAAGUUCUUCUGCAACAUCCUCUGAUGAGCCACCGCCGCCGCCGCAGCAGCCGCUACGAGUGCAGGCUUGACGUUGCCUGGCUUCUCUGUCUUCACCACACCUGAAGCUAUUGGCCAUCAAAGGCGUUGAGUUGAGUUUUGCCUGGUGGACACUCUGUUGUUGCUGGUCAGCUCUGUCUUAGUGGCUGAGGGUUUUGGGGGAGUCAGCCACCGAACUGGCAACCCAGUGAGCGUUACCAUGUCUUGUUAAAUAGGUUUGUUAUUGCUUUGUUGUUAGAGAACAGCCUUGCUCAGUGCUUAAUGAGAUGAAAGAUGUGUUUUUUCUUUUUCUUUUUGAAUUUUCUUGUGCUAGAUCGUAACUUGCCUCAGGAAACAGAAAAUUUGCCCAGUGUUGAAACUUCUACAUCAUGUUUUCCCCUUUUACUUUAUCCAGAGCAAAGUUUUCAAAGUUUUUAAUUAAUUUUCCAAAGAGUGGUGCAGUUUGAUUUUAUAGCAACAUUGAAAUUUAAUUUGAUGCCUCCUUUUAAUCUGAUAGGAGUCUCAGAAAAUUAACUUUCUUUUUUGGAGCCUCAAGCUGGAAAAAAGCAACUUCAAAUUUCAUUUAAAAUCUAGAUUUGACUUGGACUCAUGGACCGGGACUCAAGUCUGAUUGGGAUUCUUUAUAAUCAGAGGUUAAAACAAUCUGAUAUGACUGCAGCUCUGACACAUAACACAUCGUAUUUGCAUAAUAUUCCUAUGAAAACAUUAGCUUGAUUUAUUAGCUUUGGCAGACCUUCACUCUAGCCACUUCCUGCUUAUCAAAAUAAAAGCAUUUCCAUUAUUUUCAUUCAAAAAUGUCAAAAUACUUUCUUAUCUACUCUUUCCACAGUGCCCCAGGCAUAAUGUAUAAAUAAUACUAAAUAAUAUAAAUAAUUUAUACCUUACUUUGGAGCAUAUUUACCUGUUAUGCUUUACAAAACGGUUUUAAAUCAUUCAAAUUCAGGUGGAGAAAAACUUGUAACCCCCAAAUAGUUCAGUAUAGAGUUAAGGAGUUCAUGUCUUUAAUGCAGGGAUUGACGAAAUAAAAGCAUAUGGUUUUAUUCAUUCACAAAUUUAAACAUUUUAAAGACGAGAGACCUGACGAACACUCUUCCUGUGACGAUGUGAGACCUCAUGUAGACAAAUUCUAAAAACUUGACUUAAACUCAAACCAAAUCUGUUAGACUUGGUUUGAUUGGGAAGCAAAAACCCAACAUUUGUUACAUUUUUGUUGAUAUUGUAUAACUAAGUUCAUCGCCAUAAUAAUGACCACACAGGUGUCUCUCCAGCUGAAUAAAUAUCAUAUUAAACAUCAUGUACUUGAUGAAAAAAUGACUUUAGUUAUGAAUUGAGAGAAACGACAUCUGCACUUCACCCGUCAGGAUUCGCCGAAAGCACAAAGAAACAGUUUCCUGUAAUAAAUCACUUAAUUUGCACUGACAAUAAGAGAGAGAAGGCUGCAGAUCAAUUCUGUUGCAAGUAAUUAGAUUGAAUCUAUUUAUUAAAGGGUGCAAUGACAACAAUCAGGUGACUUUUUCAAAAUUAUCACAACAAACACAAAUUAUUCAUUUGCUUUGGUGUUUUCUUUGUUUUGCUCCCAGUUUAUUUUAUCCCCUACAAAUAAGAGACAUUAUGAGGUGGUGUAGCUCCCGACUGGAGUAUUAUCUUUCAAUUUGCAGGGGGAGUUUUCCUCCCUGUUUAUUUUCUGGGCCUGUUUCCUGAGACUGGUUACUUUUGUUUAUUAUCUUUUUUUGCCUGUCCAAUAGAGUGAAUGGCACGGCCUUUGACAUUAAUGCCGGACCAGAGGCCUGCAUGUUUCUCCGCUCCUCCUCUUUUUGACAGCUGCCUCUCUUUCCGAGGGACUGUCGGUCUUUUAGAGUGUACAGUAUGUUACAGUGCCAAUUUCUGUGAGAGCAGCGUGAUUCUCACCCUGCAGGCCCUGCAGCCCUUUCUUUCCCUUUUGUUCGUUUCGGCGGAGAAAGCACACUGUCGAAACGUUUCCUUUACAUGGUAGUUGAAUAGCAUUUGCUAAUUUUUACAAUAACUUGUUAUGAUCGUUAAUAUUAUUGUUAUUAUCAGUAGUAAUAUUGAAUAUUUGUUGCACAGCACUGACAGGUACAUGACGUGUAGUGCUACUAUAAGCUUGUAUGAAGAAACAAUUGUUUAUAAAUCAUUGCAAUUAUUGAUACUAUCUCUGUAUUUUUUAAGAACAACAAUAAGGGUUGUUUACACGAUAUGAUCCCUUUAGUGGUUCAGGCCUUUUUUUUUUUGCCUCAUUUCUGUAAAAUUGAGAGAAAUUUCCUCCCUCCUGUUACUUGAAUUUUACCUUCAACAUACGAAUCACACCCCUGAUACAGGUUGUGUUUACGGUUUUAUUUCAUGUGAAGAUGGUGCCAAAUCUACAGCAAAGAUUAAAACAUCUAAAGAUGAAAAAUGCAUGGAUUUGUUUCUGUCUACAACAGGGAGGACUGUUAUAAUAUGAAAUGUCGCACCGUUAUUGACUUUUAUUGGUGUUUCGGCGCCAGAUGUAAUUAUUGGCACCCCUGGUAAAAGAUAAUGUAGAAAGCAUUAAAAUCCAAUUAAUUUUUCAAAACAGAAGAUUUAUCUCGCAUUGAAUAUUUGGGAAAAUUUCAACCUUUAAUUUUAGUGCAGAAGAAAACCUAAUUCUAAGAAGUAAUCGUGUUUUUAUUCACAUAAUACAGAUUGUUCAGAUUAUGCUGCAGGACUAUUAUUGGAUGUAGGAUAAAUGGCCAUAAAGAUCAAAUGUUUUGAAUCACUACUCCAUAUAAUGAAGCUUUUUUUUUGUUUUUGCUUUUUCUAUAGCAAGACAUAGGAGCUUGUUUUAAGUUAAUAAUUCCUUAAUAUUGAUUAAGAAAAUACUAGUUCUAUUGGAAGAUAAAUUCACUUAUAACAAUGUUAUAUUAUGAAUUAAAUAAUUUGUCGAUGGAACUAGUACUUUUUCAUCAAUAUUAAGAAGUUAUUGACUUAAAACAAGCUCAUAUUUCUUGCUGAAAGGUUAUUUGUAAGUUAGUUUUGUCUUAUUUCAAGUGUAUUAAGAUAUUUUGUGUUUUUGUUUCUUGGCUACAUGAAGCCAAGAAGCUUCUUCAUAUGGUAUGCCUGGAAAAAUACAAAUAAAACCAAUAAAUAAAAAUAGCAAACCAUUUGCAGUUUUAAUGCAGAUUUUUUUAAAAACAUUUCUUGAUAUUUUGAGGAGCCGAUAAUGCUUUGCACUCUCAGAGGAAAAGCAGGGACGAUUGUAAAGAAAUAGACCCACAGCAUUACAGAACCUCUACCAUACUUAACAUUAGGUAUAAAGUUGUUUUUUUAUAUUAUUGUUCUUUUAUAUAGACAACAUUUUAAAACAUCUUGGCCUAAUCUGACCAAAUCACAUGACUCCAGUUAAAUUUGCAGAAGCAUUUUGAAAAUUUCACAUUUACAUUUGAUAUGGUAGGAAAGAAGACAUUUUUUUAACAACACGGCAUGUGGAUAACCUCUUCUUAUUCUUACAAAGACUUGCAUAUUCCAAGAUGCCACCAUUUUCUACACAUUUACCUCACAUAAUUGCCAUGUUUUCUUGUUUUUACCAUUUUGAAGAGUGGUUGGCAAAGAGAAAUUUGCUUUAUUUUGUCAUAUUAUAUCACAUUCUUGAAAAAUUGGAUGAACUUUAAGAAGGAAAGUACAUUUGUUAUUUGGGAAUUAUGCACUGUACAAGCAAUUUUCUUUUAAGGAACUAAAAUCAAAAGGUUGGAUUUUUCUAAAUUUUUUAGUGGGAUUAAAAAAAUGCUGCAAUACGGGCUGAAUUUAUUUUAAGAACAUUUAAGCAUCUUUACCAGUGGUGCCAAUAAAUGCGGCUGGCCCUGUACUCUGCACAGUAUGAUCACGCUGGAGCCUGGAUGUGCCAAUAAAACGAGCAGCUGUAUGAAUGAUAAUAUGGAGGAAAAGCAUUUAAAUAGAAGGCUUUGUAAACCCUUUGAAGAAUCAAAUGAAUUAAAGGAAAACGGUAACCCA